AUGACAUUUGGGCAUUUUAUGAGCAUGACCGCCAUUGUUUUGGGUCGGAACUCUUGUCAUUGUACUAGUCAAAGUACGAAUGCCGCGCUGAGAGACUCUUGGCCAAAAUCGUAAACGAAACCGAAAACGAUGCCACAAAUUCGAAUUUCAAUUCCAAGAUACAGACGUGGACGUCAACAUCAGUUCGCCUGUCGUUCCGAAAUGAAAAAUGCUCAAAAUCCGACACAACAAAAAAAAAGCGAAGAAACACUUUGGCUCGUUAUUCUUGGCCUGGGUUUUACUUUUUUCGGGGGUCGGUCUCGUUUUUGCCUGAUUCGAAUUCGGACUUGGACGUGGAUGUGGAUGUGGAUGUGGACAUGGCAUAUCGCUCGACUUGGCCCAGCACUUGAAUUGCACUUGAGUGCUGUAAAUAUUUUUUAAGGCUGCCUGGCAGAGGGAUCUUGAAGCCGAAACGAAUCUCGAAUGCCCUCCCUGAAGGCAGAUGAGCCCCCAUAAACUGAGUGGCGAUGAGCCUGGCUUAUUAUGAGGUCAGCGGCGGGCUUUUGAAGUCAUCAUUGCCGGCUGUCAGCAGGUCACUUCAAAGGCAAAUCUAUUGACAAUGUUGCACAGACGAAAGCUCAAAAAAAAAAACUGGGUUGUCUUGAGAUUCUAGGAAAACUGCAGAUCACUGAAUUUCACUCAAUGGAAAUGUUAGUUAUAAUCGAACUUAAAAAUCUUAAAUUUAAUUUUAAAAUCAAUCACAAGUUAUUUGAAAGAAUAUGAGUAACCUUUUGGUUAGAGAA